AUUCCAGUCCUUCCUAUCAAGCCUCCACUCCUGCGACCUUUACUUUACUACUCCAGCUUCCUUACUUCCGUAGGCUAGGCUACCUCCAUACACUCAGCAGUAAAGUCCACCAGGCUCACCCAUCAACAUGUCCGGAGCAUCCCAACGAAUCAUCCCUCUCCUGGCCGCCGCCGCCCUAGGCAUGGUCAGCGGAGCCUACAUCUUCGAUCCAAUCCUGCGACAGUACGCCGAGGAUACCAAUGGCACUUUCCGUCCAGAGGACGCUACUUCCUCCUCCCCCUCCUCCUCCUCCUCCUCCUCUUCUUCUUCUUCUUCGAGCGGUAGCUCAGCAGCAGCGGGAGUAGGAGGAACGGGGACAGGUCCAGCACAAAGUUUCACCUCGUCAGGUGAAGCUCGCGAGCCUUCUUCAGGCGGGGUAGGGAAUGCAUCUGUCCUCUCAUCUCUUCAACAAGCCUCUUCUUCUUCCUCUCCCUCCUCUUCCAACUCUAUCUUAAGUUUUUUCAAGGGAGGUAGUGGAGGAGGAGUAGGAGGAGGGGAGGGAGGAGCUCAAUCUAGAGCGGAAAAGCAGCGUGAACUUGCAGUGAGCAAUGCGAGUGCUAGAGCCGUUGAGGCUGCUCAGGCACGGGCGAGGAAAACUGGAGAGGGAGAAGUGUUUACUUUGGGGAAGGAGCGGUGAGGAGGAUGUGAAAGGGAAGGAGGAAAAGAUGGGAAGGCGGUUCUUGGCAUCGAAUGAUAUGCAAGCGUUGUGUGAGAUGAAACAGAGGAGGAUGUGAGUCUAGGAGAGAAGAGCGCGUAUACCUCGCGAAUGGGCUGCACCUCUUACUCUGCCCUUUUCCUAGCGUGGUCCAGAUUCAGAGCGGCAUAGAUCUCGCUGCCUGUUUUCCCCUCCCUCUGUGGGAGACGUCAACGCUCUGUCACUAUUCAACUCAGCCUCUUCGUAUGCUAUGCAAUGUACUAUAUGAUAUUAGAC